AUGGGGAAAUUUGACCGAUAUGAUUAUGAUGAGGACGACUGGUUUAAUUUCACCCCUGGUUGUGAUCCAUCCCGCGGGCCGAAACAUUGUUGCGAGCAUGAAAGAGACCGAAGAAAUUGCCGAUCAUAUGUGAAAGUCUUCGCUUCACAUGUUGACGCCUUCAUCAAAGACUACCAGAAGGGAAGCACGUGGAUUCCUCAUGUCAAGGCGGUCACUUUCUAUGGCGAGGAGAGGGUCGACAAAAAAGAUGAAAACCGUUUAAUUAAAGUACCGACUGUCACCGUGGGGAGGCUGGAAGAUAUCGUUUGCGAAGAUGUUCUUGCGCCUGAAAAUCAAGACAAAAUCUUCUCAGGCCUCUGUUCCGUUUGGAAUCUUAUCAGCGAAUGGGACAUCAAAAAACCCAUCACCCUGGGAAUUUCAGGGCGCUAUUUUCGGUCUAACGACAAAUGUCUGACGGAUUUAGCCCACCAGAAGAACAUUGAGAGACUGGCGUGUGGGAAAGCGACAUUUGCGAAUCCGUUCGACGUACUGAAUAUGGCAAAACGUUUACCCGAGUUGAGAGCGCUUCGGUUACAGGUUCGACAUAUGAGCAAGGAUAUGCGAAACGAACUGGCGAACGACAUGCGCACAUGGAAGACGACUCUGCCUAAGCUCAGUGGAUUGACACUCGUCGGGGAUAAAGACGCUCACUCAAGAGGGGAUGAGCGAAAGCUUGAAGAUAUGAGGGAGGAUGGAGUUGAUCUGCUCUGCCGAGAACUUCGAGCUUUGGCUCAGCAACAUGGUUUUCUCGGUCUUGGACUGGAGUUUGUCCCUAUAUCCGCUGAACUUUUCGAAGACACUCAAAAUCCUGGCGCUGAAAUGAGGUGGCCAACCUUGAGAGUUCUGAGUCUUCGCGUUCAUGAAAUGUCAUCCACAGGAACAUGGCUGUUUUCCAAGGAUCCUGCGGAUAAAAAAUCCGGUCUUGGGUAUGUGGAAGAUAAGAAAGCGAAGACUAUCCAUUUUGGGAAAUUUUUCAGGAAGACUAUCGCAGUUGAGAAAGAGAUAGGACCCUUGGCCGAAUUAUUCGAAAGGACAUGUACUACUGAGAAGAUGCCGUACGUCAGCGAGGACAGCAAAAUGACCUAUGGUAAGGAUGUUAAUGGGCCCAUCAAAGCAUACCGAAAAGAAGAAGAUCAAAGCUCCGUGGAAUGGUUGAUCAGGAAUGGAACUCCAUACUGGGAGAGUGAGAGUGAGAGUGAGUAG